CGAAGAUUUUAAAAAAUCAUUGUUUGAAGUUUGCAAAAAUUUAAAUUUUAAAAAUAAUUUUUCAAAUUAAUUCAGUUUUUUAAAAAAAAAUUUGACAAUAAUUUCAAGUUUAAUUAAGAAAAAAACAAAAAUUGAAAUUUAAAUAUUUGUGAAUUGUUUUUUGAAUUUUUGUAAAGUUUGAAAAUUCUGAAAAAAGUAAAAAGUUUGAAAAAAAUAAAUUAAUUUUUUGAAGUUUUAAAAAAUCCUUCUAGACUGAAAAAAAAUCAAAAAAGGACUCAGAAUGAAAAUACUCAUAGCAUUAUCACUCGCAUUCUGUGCUGUCAAUGGAUUUAGUUUCUUUAAUGCACAUGCAGACCCCAUUGAGAUUGCACCAUUCAACAGUUGUGCUGGAAUUGCCGAUGGAACUCGACUUCGAAUCGAGAGUAACUGCAAUGCAUUCACACUUUGUGACUCUGGAUACGGACUUAACUUAACAUGUAGAUUAUCAGAACCGGACUUCGAUUGGUGUACUGGAAAAUGUGUUAAUGACAAGUCAGUUUGUACACAAACGUCCUGCUCAACGGAUACAACCACAACAACGGUUGCUGGGGACACGACAACAACCACGUCAACGACCACAACUGCAUCAACGACCACUUCUACAACGCCAGCAGCAGUAACAACAACAACAACAACAUCAAAAACAACCACUCCAUUCAAUAUCCCAACAGUUCCAACUGUAUGCAGUCCUGUAUGUGAUACAUCCUUAUGUGUAGCACCUGGUUGUCCUGAACAAAUGGUCUGCAAAAUUGGAAAUGUUUGUGAAUGUGACUCAACCAUAAUGUGUCCAACGGAUUUAGACACAUGUUCAUUACCCGAAAAUUGCGGAUGUGCAUCAAAUUGUGAGUGCUCUGAUCCAGACACUAAUCUUUUAUGCACAUGCAUUGAAAAAGACACAUCAGUCUGCACAUUCGACAGAGAAACACAAUGCGUUGAAAAGUGUGGAUGCGAUUACAGAUGCGACAGUUCCGUUUGUACCGAAAGUACAACAAAUCCUGGAUCUUACUUAUGUACUGGAUGUAAUGAAGAAAAAUCAUGUCCAUUUAAGAAGGAAGAAUGCCUUGCUAAAUGCGGCUGUACAAAGAAUUGCGAUUGUGAUCUUACUGGAAGUACUUGCAACUGUUUUUCAACAUGUCAAUGUCCUACAACACCGCCACCAGAUGUCUGUCCAUUUGUCCCAGCUGAUUGUGUCACAAAAUGUGGUUGUGCUGAACGUUGUAACUGUAACGGACCUUUCUGUAUGUGUAAUGUUGAUGCAGUGUGUCCUGAAAUUUGAAAAACUUAAGCUUAACUUUUUAAGUUAAUUUAAAAAAAAGUUUAAAU